CAAAGGAGCAGGAGCCAUGUCAUCGUCUUCUUCCGAUCAAUAUGAAGAAGGGGAGUAUGGGAGUAUGGCCAAGAGACUGAAGAGCGGCCAGGAGGACGGAGAAAUUGACUGCACGUCGGAAGAGCAGGACAGGGAUACACCGGAGCCCGUCAGAGGGACACCCAGCUAUGGGGAUAGCGGGGGAAACCAUCACAAGGUGUCGGUGUCUCCAGUCGUCCAUGUCCGAGGACUCUGUGAAUCAGUAGUGGAGGCUGAUUUGGUGGAAGCGCUUACCAAGUUUGGGCCGAUAUGUUAUGUGAUGAUGAUGCCCUUCAAACGACAAGCACUGGUGGAAUUUGAAGACAUAGAAUUCUCUAAAAAAUGUGUGGCUUUUGCUGCCAGUGAGCCAGUGUACAUAGCAGGCCAGCAAGCUUUCUUCAACUACUCUACCAGCAAGCGCAUCACUAGGCCAGCAAAUAAUGAAGACCCAUCUGGGGGAAAUAAAGUUCUGCUUCUCUCCAUUCAAAAUCCUCUCUAUCCAAUCACAGUCGAUGUAUUGUAUUCAGUCUGCAAUCCAGUUGGAAAGGUGGAGCGCAUAGUUAUCUUUAAGAGGAAUGGAAUACAAGCUAUGGUUGAAUUUGAUUCCGUUCAUAGUGCCCAAAAGGCUAAAUCUUCUCUAAAUGGAGCGGACAUAUAUGCUGGAUGCUGCACGCUAAAGAUUGAAUAUGCCAGGCCCACACGCCUUAACGUAAUUCGGAAUGAUAAUGAUAGCUGGGAUUACAGCAAGCCCUACUUAAGCAGACGAGAUCGUGGCAAAGGGCGUCAGAGACAGGCCAUUCUGGGGGAUCACCCAUCUUCCUACAGAUAUGAUGGUUAUGGAAACCAUGGCCCUUUGUUGCCUUUGCCUAACCUGUACAGGAUGGGAUCAAGAGAUACUCCAGAGCUUGUUGCCUAUCCUCUACCCCAGGCCUCCUCCUCAUACAUGCAUGGGGGCCCACCUGUAGGCUCAGUAGCCAUGGUUAGUGGCUUACAUCAGCAAAAGAUGAAUUGCUCACGGGUUUUCAACCUAUUUUGCCUAUAUGGCAACAUUGAAAAGGUAAAGUUUAUGAAGACCAUUCCUGGUACAGCUCUUGUAGAAAUGGGAGAUGAAUAUGCUGUAGAAAGAGCAGUAACGCACUUAAAUAAUGUGAAACUUUUUGGAAAGAGAUUAAACGUUUGUGUUUCCAAGCAGCACUCAGUUGUUCCCAGCCAGAUAUUUGAAUUGGAGGAUGGUACAAGCAGUUAUAAGGAUUUUGCUAUGAGCAAAAACAACCGGUUUACCAGCGCUGGCCAAGCUUCCAAGAAUAUUAUCCAGCCUCCAUCUUGUGUCCUGCAUUAUUACAAUGUUCCCUUGUCAGUGGAAGAAGAAAUGUUCCAAAAGCUAUGUGAAGAUCAUGAAGUUUCCACGUUUAUUAAAUUUAAAGUGUUUGAUGCAAAACCAUCAUCUAAAACACUCUCUGGACUGCUAGAGUGGGAAUCCAAGACUGAAGCUGUAGAAGCACUCACAGUAUUAAAUCACUACCAAAUAAGAGUUCCUAAUGGUUCUAAUCCCUACACUCUGAAGCUCUGCUUCUCCACUUCAUCCCAUCUGUGACUACGUGCAAGGAAAAGCAUCUUGGGAACUGAACAGUGUUUCUAUCAUUUUCAUCAUUUCAUAAUGUGCAUGUGUAACAAUGUUGUGUUUUUUUUAAUUAUUUUAUGGAUACCAGUCAUUGGGUGGAUUUCUUGCCUUUUGACAGGGUUAAAGCAGCACUACAUGUUUAAAAUGAAACUCAGUUUUUAUUCUUAGCUCAUGUUUAAAUAUAGUUGAGGUCUGUAUUUUUUUAAAGUGCACAUUAAUUGAGACUCAAGGAAGCUAUACUGUAAUGAACAAAAAGGGUCAUUUAUUACUUCCCCUGCUCCAAGUGCAGGAGCAGUAAGGGGUGGGGGGGGGGGGGCAUUUACUUUGGACCUGCUGCUUUGAUUGAAAAGCCUAGCAUAAGGUUAGUUAGCCUUUUUUUACUGCCUGCCAUAUGGUAGGUGGUAAGUCCAGGACCUUGUUGUGGCCUGCGUCUGGUGGCAUUCCCUAACUUGUGCAUCUGAAUGACACACAAGUUUGGGGUGAGGGGCAGGAUGCCUACAUGACUCCCCAGCAUACUUCUCAUGAAUACAGUGCUACCAAAAGCAGGCAGUCCUGCAUUUAGCAGUGGACUGCAGGUCUGUGCUCUCUUUUGGAAUGCAGAACACUUAGCACCCUGCCCUGCACUUAAUAAAUGGCCCUCAAAGUGUUCUUUUUAUUUGUUUUAGAAGAGCUUACUAGCUAAAUAUGAAUAUAGUGUCAAACUGCAACUUUCUGUAGCAUUGAUUGAAUGGAAUGUGAACAGCUACUUUUAUUAAGAAUGUUAAUCUGGACAUUUGCAAUUUCUGUAUUUGUAAUAUACAAAUUGUUUUUUAUUUCUUUUGGCCAAUGUGCCACUAAUAUUGAACAACCACUUCUGACUUUUUCUAAUUGCCACAAAAAAGUGAUUUGUUUUUAGUCCGUUGCUAUCUUAUAGGCAUAAUAAGGCACACAAAUGAAUGCACUUGGUUUUUUUGUAGAAAGUAGAGAGUGGAGUUGUCACCACCAUAAACCAGAUAAUACUAACCACCCUACUUUCAAAUGUUCCUGCAUACUUGUUCUUGGUUUGCCCAGGAGCAGUAACCCAUAGCAACCAGUAAUAUGUUUGCAUUUUAACAGGUGACUGGUAAAUACUUCCUGCAGAUUCAUGGCUAUGUGUUACUUCACCUGGGCAAACUUAGUGCAGUGUCAGAACACACGCCCUUCUGUUUUCUUUUUCAGAUAUUAUAUUACAAUUGAAAGCCUGUUGGAAGUAACAUGUAAGACAGUCUGACAGUGGCCCGACAGUGGCAGCCUAGGGAAGGCUAAACUGCAGCCUGAGUUAUUUUUACCUUCACAGAAUCUAGAGGUGGAUAUGCUGGAAUUAUAGUAUACAGGAUCUGGAAUCUGAAACUUUAAAUAAACCCAAUAGGAUUGUUUUACCCCAAUAUGGAUUCAUGCAGCUCAGUUACCAUCAAUACUGUAUUUGUCUAGAAAAGCACUACCUACAACGCAAUUUCUUGUAAAUUAAAUCAUGCAUCCCUGUCAAUUAUAGUAAUAUUUUAGUAUUAGGUUCUUAGAUACUAACAAGGAAAACAGGGAAAGUAAAGCCAGUUUAUUACAUUAGGAAUUUUACCACAUUAGACAAGUCAUUGUUGCCCAACUAAAGUCCUUUUUUAUCCAUAUACAUUCCAUAUUCUUCGAAACUGCCUCUUAUAAGCCUUGUCUCCUGCUGUCAUAUUCCUAGCCACACCAUCGUGGAUCAUAGCAGUUCCACUCGCAGGGGUGUACUAGGAAUUGCUGGGAGAAACUUAUUAGGUGAAAUGCAGGGCAUAAGGCUGUUUCUUCUGGGCAUUUGCUGUUUGUGGCAUAGAAAUGGGAGGUAAGCAGGCUCCAUGAAAAACUUUACAUAUAUGCUGGAAAUUCAGGAUGAAGGCAGAUAUUUGUGAGGUGAAUUGGACAACUGCUGAUCUUAGAAUAAAUAACAUCAAUGUUAUGUCAAUAUUGUUACAUCAAUCAGUAGAAUCAAUGUUUCUGUAGUUUGUGCGUUACAAAUGAUUAUAUAGAAGGACACUUGUCAGUCCGUCACCCCCUUCAUGCCAUGUAUAAAUACAAGUACGAAUUUGUAUUCAUACUUAUAUAUGUUAAUAAACAUAUAUACAUUUA